ACCAACAAUGCUCACCCUCACCGCCACCACCUCCGCACCAACCUUGUUCCCUAAAUGCAAAACCCAACGGCGGCGAUUCACCGUUCUGGCAGCGGAUGAUAAGUUCCCUUCGUUUCUACCAAAACAAAUGGAACAAAUCAAAGACCCGUUUGCUCGAAAACUUGCCAAUCGAAUCGAGAGACUGCCCGUUAAUGUUAGCUUCUCUGAAAAUAGCAUUAUGAGUAGUUGUGUGAAGCCAUUGGUUCAGAGCAAGCAAAAUCCAGUGGUUCUCCUUCAUGGCUUUGACAGUUCUUGUUUAGAAUGGAGAUACACGUUUCCAUUGCUUGAAGAGGCUGGUUUAGAAACUUGGGUUGUUGACAUUCUUGGUUGGGGUUUCUCUAAUUUAGAAAGACUUCCAUCAUGUGAUGUGGAAUCUAAGCGCCAGCAUUUCUACCAGCUUUGGAAGUCGUACAUCAAAAGGCCCAUGACAUUGGUUGGACCAAGUCUGGGUGCUGCUGUUGCAGUUGAUUUUGCAGUCAACCACCCCGAAGCCGUUGAAAAUCUUGUUUUGAUCGAUGCAAGUGUAUAUGCAGAAGGCACGGGAAACCUAGCAAAGUUACCCCGAGCAGCUGCCUAUGCUGGGGUAUCUCUAUUGAAGAGCUUCCCACUACGCUUAUAUACAAUAUUUUUGGCAUUCAAGGGAGUAUCAUUCAGCACCAGCUUAGAUUGGACUAAUAUUGGUAGAUUACAUUGCCUAUAUCCUUGGUGGGAGGAUGCAACUGUGAAUUUUAUGAUUAGUGGUGGUUACAAUGUCAGCAGACAGAUCGAUCAGGUGAAGCAGAAGACACUUAUAAUAUGGGGUGAGGAUGACCAGAUUGUUAGCAACAAGCUAGCAGUGAGAUUGCAUUGUGAACUGCCAAACGCAAUUAUUCGCCAGAUACCCAAUUGUGGCCACCUUCCUCACGUGGAAAAGCCUGAUUCUGUUGCCAGAUUAAUCUUGGAAUUUAUGCAGGAUUACUGCCAGAAAAAGGCUCAGUUUGUCCCUAUGAAAUGAAGUGGUCCGAAUGCCAACAGAGGUUGGUUGAAUUGGUAAGGCUCGAAUACUUCGCUUGUAAGGCCUAGGUUUGAGUGUUACUACUGGCCGUCCUCUUUGGUGGAUGAUCUGUAAAUUUAAUGUAGAUCAAUGUAGAUCUCUGAGGUCUGCUGUUUGUCUUGACAUUGGAAUGCAGAAGCCUCCUCUUACCCCAAACUUUCUUCCAUAGGAAAAAAAUUAUUAUGGUCAGAAUAUUUAUUUAAUAAGAGAAAUUUUUUAUCCUGUAAAGGGAUAUAGUACUGAUUUCAUUGAUUGUAAUUCAUAGCAGCAAGUGACCCAUCCAACAUUUGUCACUUUGUCAUAUGAAAACAAAGAUGCAACAUAUCUAGAUUUCAACUGGCUAUGAGAAGGCAUAUCUCGAAACGCUUGAUAUGUUAAUCACAAUGAUCAUCUUCGUUUCUACUUGUUGUGUUUGGCGAAAUUUAGUGCGAUUCCAUUAAUGUUAGGAGCUAUCCAUAG